AUUAACAAUAUGUUUAUAUGUAAAGCAUAGUCAGGCUCUUCUUUUGAAAAGGCCUCAAGUCAGAUUUUGGGCUGUGCUGCAUUGAGACGAGAGACUCUGAGAGGAACCCAAAGCUUUAGUUAAUAAUUCACUAGUCUGUCAAAUUUAUGGGAUACAGUGAUGCAGUCAGACAGCAUUUCCUUCUCUCACCAAGCCAAGACACAUUCCACAUGAACAUGCACACCUGUCACAGCUCCUACAACAGGUCUCCUCUUGUCUCAGAGAGCCAGGGUCAAGGUCAAGCGCAAGGUCAGCAUGUGAGCCACAGAGAGGACCUCUCAUGUAUACUUGCGGGCAGCAGGGACCUUCACUGCCCUGUGUGUUUACAGCUAUCCACAUUUCCUGUGGAGACAAACUGUGGCCAUCUAUUCUGUGCUCCUUGUCUCAUAUCUUACUGGAAGCACGGCUCCUGGUUAAACGCUAUCAGUUGUCCUUUGUGUAGACAGAAGGUCAGUGUAAUGAAUCAUCUCUUUGGCGAGAGCAAAGUGGACAGGAAGCAGGGAGAGGUGCUGUGCCACAUAAGAGAUUAUAAUAAACGCUAUUCUGGAGCAGCACGAAGGGUGAGUGAUUACCUGUGUGACGCUCCUUUCUUCCUGCUGCUCUCAUUGCGGACUCUGGGGAACAUGGGCGGACUGGUGUGGCUCUUCCUGCUGAGGGUAGCAGUGUGUGGGUUUGGGGCAGCCGCCUCACUUGUCUCUCCACUGGAGGCCAUGCCUGGACCCGUCAAUGUGGCAGUGGGGCUUCUAGAUGACCUGGUUGUGGUCUUUCUCCUCCUCAUCUCCAUUUUUAACAUCCACCAGCAGAUGGCCUCAGAGAGGACAACUAGAACACAAACUGUUACACAUGGAAUUCUAACAGACACGCUGUAAAACAGAGGACAGAGUACACUGCACAGCAGAUAAGCAUGAUGAGUGAACUCAGUAAAGCGAACAUAUUGAACUGCUGCACAGAGAAGGUACAGCAGGGAGGCUUUUUAAGCAGCAAGCUGUGUUGUAAUAAGGAAUAGCACAGAGGGUCAUUUUCAAACAACAUAUACACUCUGUUUACAUAUUGCACUACCUACAACCUCCUGAUUGGUCUGAAACAUCAAAUGAGCAGAAAAGGGGUGUAGAACUUUCAAGAAACGCGAUGUUUUUUAUGAAAUAUGAGAUGUUUAAGAAAACAGCAGGACCAGUCAGCGCAUAUAACUAUUAUAUCGCUGGUGUCAGAAGAAAUCCUUGUAUCUUCAAAAUGGUAACUUCACAGGGGAAGGAAAAAACCUACUUUACUUUUAAUGUAAGUCAAUGGAACCAGACUUUUUUACAUGUCAUUUUAAGCUAUUUCUUUUGGUCCAUUCUUAAUGAACUUUACAGACAAUGUAAAAGGCAACAGGCAUUUUCAAAUUACGUCAAAAACUUCCAACAGCAGCGAUAUGAGGGUCUGGCAACAGUAACUGUAAAGAUCUGCUUUGUCCUAAUAAUUCCAGGUUUCCAUGAAUGUUCAAAGGCUUAAAACAAAAACUGUCCUUUUCUUCAGUUUACUCAGCUGGUAUAUUGUCAGCAUUUAUUUAUAUGCUGAGGGUCUUGUGUGCAGUAUGUUUUCAUUUUUGGUGUGAAUGAAAUCUUUUCAUUUCCUUUUUGCCCGACUGAUGUUCUUCCAAUGUAAUAUAAUAAUGUAUAGUUUACCUUCAUUGCUGUACAUUAUUCAUUGUGUAGCCCCAGCUGUUUAGGGCUUUUAUUUUUUUUUAACAUCUUCCUAGAGCUGACCUCCAUGAAAAAUAUUAAGGCAACAAUCCUUAUGCCUACCUUGGGGUGCAACCAGGAAUCAUUAAUAUCUUUUCAAUGUACACAAUGUAAAUAUUGUAAAGUGUUUAAUAAAGACCUAUUUA